AUGGGGAUCCCAGCUCCUGAACAAGCAACCCUAUGGACAAGAGCAGCAGCUGCCAGGGAAGCUACAGUAAGGGCAAGGCUCAAGGUAGAACAAGCUGAAGCCAAAGCUAGAGCAGCUGUGGAGGCUGAUGAAGCAGCCACAGCCAACAGAGAGCUUCCAGCUGAACCAGUGCCUCUAGAGAUUGAGCUACCAGCUCCAGCAACCUCAUCAGGUCCAAGCACUAGGAGGAAAUUAUCAAUGGGUGCAGUCCAAGUUGGACCAUCAGUUCUAAAAGUCGAGCUAGAAGUUGUGUGGACUGUUGCCAGGAAGAUAACACCAAGGAAGAAGCAACUGGCCUCAAAGAUCAAGAAAACAAAUGACAACUGA